AGAAUUAAAAAAAUAAAGGAAUAAAGAAAAGAAAAAAAAAGAAAAUAAAAUAGACGAAAAGAGACAAUAGUGGUAACGACGCAAUUCAAUUUAUUCAGAAUAAAGGAAGACUCGAUUCGCGAGGACGACGGCCUGAACGGAUGGUCAGAGACGACGCAGAGAGUGCCGGCCGGUUUCUUCCUCUUCGCGGCUGUUUCGCAUCGCAGUCGCGAUUCGUGCGGCACCCGUGACGGCUCGUGUGCGAUUAAACGGUCAUCAUUUAUCUCUCUUUCUCUUCUUACUACUUAUCCCACCUUUCGAAAAUCACGGGUAUACAAAAUCAAAUUAUAAAAAAGAAUAAGAAGAAAAAGGAAAAGAGGAAGAAGUAAAUUCAUUCAUUUUCUUUUUUUUUAUCAUUAUUUUUUCUUAUUUUGUAUUCUGUUCAAGUAUAUUUUAAAAUUAAAGAAAUUUGAGAAGAAAGAAAAAAUAAAAGAGAAAAGAAAGAUAAACAAGAAAUCAUCAUUCGUUUCCUCUCUUUAUUUUUAUCUUAUUUUCGUAUCGCUAAGAUAUCGUUCUAUAAAUUUCGAGUGGAACAAGAGGAAAAAAAAGAAAAAGAAAAGGAAGAUAAAAAUAUUUCGAAAAGGCUUAUAGUCCUUUAUUCUUUCCUUUUUUAUUUUUAUUCUUUCAUUUACUUUUCUCGAGUGUUAUACAGGAUCACGUGGGUACUAAAAUCAACUCGAACACAAAAAAAGUUAAAUUCUUCUAUCUCGUACCUUUCCUACAUAUCUUCGACGAUCACGUGUGUGCAAUCUAAAAGGAAACAGAAGAAAAAUAACAGAGGAAUCCUUUCAGUUUUUACAUGAUCUUAAACGACCAAACUUUUUGCUCUGCAGAAGAACUGUGUUUGACUUCACAAUUGAGAAAUAAUGAGUGAAAUCAAACGUUUCUCACAACCUACUUUAAAGCUUUCAUAAGAAAGAAAAAAGGUAAGAAAAAGAAAAGAAGAGAAGGAAGAAAAAACAAUCAAAGAAUGUUCUUGAAAGAAAAACUAGAAAGGAAAAGAAGUUCGACUUUAAAGGUAUGAUAGCCAAUAGGAACGAGAGAAAUAACGAUGGAGAAUACUCUGUCAGCGAGUUUAAUACCGCCAACCAGUUUGAUUUACUCGACGUUGAAAGAAAAUCUUCUUCCGCAAUUGAACUGUGAAUCGUGUUACCAUAAUCAUACGACUUCGGCGAUUCUAACCGAAGAAAGUUACUCGAUGAUAGCUCGAAGGGAUUCUCUCUACAUAGUAAUACCUGUCACGAUAAUCUAUGUAUCAAUAUUCAUUACUGGUACGAUCGGUAACAUAAGCACGUGUAUAGUGAUUGCACGCAACAAGUCGAUGCACACAGCAACAAAUUAUUAUCUCUUCAGUUUAGCUGUAUCGGACUUGUUGCUUUUAAUAUCAGGUUUACCUGCUGAAAUUUAUUUGGUAUGGUGCAAAUACUCUUAUAUUUUUGGCGAAGGAUUUUGUGUUAUACGUGGGUUGGCCGCAGAAACAUCGACAAAUGCCUCGGUAUUAACGAUCACGGCGUUCACAGCCGAAAGAUACGUUGCUAUUUGUCAUCCUUUUCUAUCACAGACUAUGUCAAAGUUAUCACGUGCCGUUAAACUGAUCCUCGUGAUCUGGUUGGUGGCAUUAUCCUUCGCAUUACCUCAAGCCCUACAAUUUGGUGUUGUUCGUCAUGGGAUAAAACAAGAAAUAGUUAUGUGUACGGUGAAACGAAUUAUAAUAAAGCAUUCCUUCGAGAUGUCGACUUUCCUCUUCUUCAUCGUACCCAUGAGCCUUAUCACUGUUCUAUAUAUCCUUAUUGGUCUCAAGUUAAGAAAAUCGAACAUGAUGAAGAAAAGACCUGGAAAUGGAGAGUCACAAAGAAGCUGCAGGCAUUAUCCUGGGAAAAAUUCCAGAAAAAUUCUUAAGAUGCUCGUUGCAGUUGUCGUCGCAUUCUUCAUCUGCUGGGCACCAUUUCACGUUCAACGAUUGAUCGCCAUUUAUGGCACCAACAGCGAGGACCACUUCACGUCUUACAGUAGAUGGAUAGAGUCUCUUUAUCUAUUGAUGACCUAUGUGUCUGGAGUCCUGUAUUAUGUCUCCACGACUAUCAAUCCGAUUCUUUAUAACAUCAUGUCGAAUAAAUUUCGAGUAGCUUUCAUGGAAACAUUAUCGAAGAGCUGUAGGAUGUCUACUCUUAGGCAAAAUCAGCGUUUUUACUCGAGUCUAUCCCGUUCGCAACAAAGGACAGUAGGUUCUAAGAUAGCAGCAACAACAGCAACAGGCAUGGUGCAAGAUAGUACAGAGUGUUCUGGAAAUUCGGCACGAGAUGAUAGUCCACGUCGUUCUUUUCAAUCAUCGGCUAUCUUGGAAAGGCCAUCGGAACGAACAACGGAGUUAUACGUAAACGAAAAGACGAAACGAGGAACGAAAAAUUCAAAAAUGAUUAAGAUAAAAGAAAAAUGUUCUUCCUCUGAGAAUAAAUCGAACGAUGAUCGAUCGAACGAUGAACUUAGGCGGCCUGAAUCAACGAGAUAUACAACUCUCAAAGUUAUGAAAGUCGAUACUCCAGAAAAUAAAUGGCGACGUUGUUUUAAAUGGCUACCUGGUUUGAAACAUUUAAAAUUUUCACGAAGACCAAAUUAUUCAUUGUCUCGUGACGACAACACAUCGAACGUUCUCAAUAACAAUCGUCAGUGCGAAUUUUCAAUGACCUUGUGGAAUAUACGCGAGGGCAACGAGCAAGAUCGCAUUAGAAAGUAAAUACAUGUUUUACAAAAAUGCUCGUUCAUUUUUCGACUAUAAAUUCUCGAUACGUAGGUAAUAUUAAUAAUGAAACUCUGCAAAUAAGUAUCUCGAUAAUUUUGUUUUCUAAAAGAAAACUUAUAGAGAAAAAUAAACUUCAAUCGGUAUAGUGUCAAUUUCAAGUCUAAUAAUAUAUAUAUUAAUUAAUGUGUGUGUGUGUGUGUAUAUAUAUAAAUUAAUAUCACUCAUAAUAAAUUAAUCGUGCGAAUGUUUUCGACACAAAUUCUGUAAAAGCAAAAAUUCUUGAAAUGACAAUUACUCGCUGUGAUAGUUAGGAAAUACGUGAUAAAGAUUCAUUAUUAGGUGUAGAAGUAUAAUGUAAAGAGAAAAAUGAAAUAACAUCUUAUUGAGAAGAUCAUUAAUGCUAAUUAAUAACACUCGAGAUAUGAUUUGUAAUGAACUUUAGUUUUCAUAUUCAAUAACUGCAUCAUCAUUCCGAAGACUGAGCAUUCUCGAACUAUGAACACGAUAUCACGUAUACAUCUGCAAUAGUUGGAUAAAAGAGAACGCAAUCUGCAGAAAAUUAUGUUUUUUUAAAUAGCUUGGGAAGGAAAAUCGAUCGGCUUUAAACCAUCCUUCGUAUUUCCCUUUAAGUUCGUUCUAAUUUUUACAUUCACAUUUAAAGCUCAACAUGGAUAUGUUAUUAUCCUUAUAAAUUAUACAUUACGUUGGAAAUGUAUACACGUAGUAUAACACUAGUUUACGAAAUUUUUCAUAAAUAAUUUUCUUUCUUUUUUGUCAAUAAAAAUGAUCUCUCUCUCUCUCUCUCUCUCUCUCUCUCUCUCUCUCUCUCACUCACUCUCUCCCUCUCUCUCUCUCUAUCUACCUAUCUAUCUAUCUAUCUACCUAUCUAUCUAUCUAUCUAUCUAUCUACCUAUCUAUCUAUCUAUCUAUCUAUCUAUUUAUCUCUACUGUUUAUUCAUAUAUUGUAAAUAACCAUUAAAGAAAAUAAUUUUUAUAAAGUUAAUAUCAACUAAGGAUCUGAGAAUAUGUAUAAAAAUUAAUAUUUUUAAUGUAAAUAUAUAAUCGUACAUUUUAAGAUAUUCUAGAUCUCUGGCAUUCUCCUUUCCUUCAUUGAAUAUAGAUUAACAAAAAAAAAAAAAAGGAAAAGAAACUUGUCGUUGACAAUACACUGAAGUAAAGAAUACGUCAAAGAAAAAAAAAUAUUACGUUAACUAAUAAGCGCACGUAUCAUUUAUCAUCUUACAAACAUUACACCAUAUAAUGCUUAACAGCACAUCGAUUAUAUUGUACGAAGGUCAUAGUCUCACAGAAACAAGUUUGCAAACGAAGAAUUAAAAAAAGCAGAAAACGAAAAAAAAUAAAAUCUCUAUUUUUGUCGUAAAAAUAAAAAACUCUAACGUAUAAUAAUGAGUUCUGAGAAUAUUAUUAUUAUUAUUUUUUUUUAUAUAAGACUAAAAGAAACAUAUUUAUUUCGUGUGAUAUUAAGAAAGAGAUAUACGUGAAUAUGAAAAAACUUAUAACGAAAGGGUAAAUAAAGACGUGUUUAAUAAAUGAAUAAAAGCAUCAUUUUUGUGGUACUCUUUCUCUAUAGGUCAUAUAUAUGUAUAUAUUCAAUGACAAUAAAGGUUCGAAACAUUGUGACAUAUGUAUAGGAGAUUGUCAUACGAUGCCUGAUGGAGACAAAAGUCAAAAAGAAUUUAUAAUGAAAUCCACGAUCGUGGAUUUGUUAUUAUUUAUUUAUUUUUUUU